CGCGGGCUUCGAGGAGCGCCCAGCGCAGAGCCAGUGCGGGGCACCCCGCUCCCCCAGGGCCCUGUCCGCACCCGGCCGCUCCGGCCUCGCUCCUCGCCCCCUCCCGAGAGGGGGCUCUGGGCCCCGAGGACCAGCCCGCGGCGGCCCCCGAACUUCCCUGGACAGGGAACCGUGCGGGAGGACACCGAGCAGAGCCAUGGACCCCGUGAGCCAGCUGGCCUCGGCGGGCACCUUCCGAGCGCUGAAGGAGCCCCUCGCCUUCCUGCGAGCCCUGGAGCUGCUUUUUGCAAUCUUUGCAUUUUCAACAUGCGGUGGCUAUUCUGGAGGCCUGCGGCUGAGUGUGGACUGUGUCAACAAGACGGACAGUGACCUCAGCAUUGACAUAGCGUUUGCCUACCCAUUCAGGUUGCACCAGGUGGCAUUCGAGGUGCCGACCUGCGAGGGAAAGGAGCGGGAGAAGCUGGCGCUGACUGGGGACUCCUCGUCUUCCGCAGAGUUCUUCGUCACCGUGGCCGUCUUUGCCUUCCUCUACUCCUUGGCCGCCACCGUCGUUUACAUUUUCUUCCAGAACAAGUAUCGGGAGAACAACCGGGGUCCGCUCAUUGACUUCAUCGUCACUGUAGUCUUUUCGUUCUUGUGGUUGGUGGGUUCAUCAGCAUGGGCGAAAGGACUGUCUGAUGUCAAGGUCGCAACGGAUCCCAAAGAAGUGUUGUUACUGAUGUCAGCUUGCAAACAGCCAUCCAACAAGUGCAUGGCUGUCCACAGCCCCGUGAUGUCCAGCUUAAACACGUCUGUGGUCUUUGGAUUCUUGAACUUCAUCCUCUGGGCUGGAAACAUCUGGUUUGUUUUCAAGGAGACCGGCUGGCAUUCCUCAGGACAGAGGUAUCUUCCGGACCCAAUGGAGAAGCACUCGAGCAGCUAUAACCAAGGCAGGUACCACCAAGACAGCUAUGGGUCCGGAGGCGGGUACAGCCAGCAGGAGAGUUUGGGGCCAGCCUCUGAUGAGUUUGGCCAGCAGUCCAGUGGCCCCGCCUCCUUCACCAAUCCGAUUUAACAGGGUAGUAUUUGCAUUCCUCUGGAGAUAGCCUUGCCAUCUUCCAGUGGCAGGAGAGUUUUUUAAGCAUUUCAAUCACUUAUUAAUGCAGAGAGUGUUGAAUGUAAAUCAGAGAUCUGUAUUCUUCAUUAAGGCAGAAAGGCUGUGUCAUGCUAAAUGGUACUCAGAGACAAGAUGACAUGAGGAGAUAUGUCAUUCAUCAAAGAUGGCUAAUUGGAUAUUGUACCUUGUUAUAUACACAGAUAUAUGGUCAUUUUGUAUGUGUGUUGAGAUAGUAGAAAUGU